AUGACUGAAAAGAGAGAGAAGAUUCCACAACAGAUCACAGAAAAUAAAGAACUGUGUGACGCUGAGACUGAAAAGCUACAGAAGCAUUUUGAUGAGCUAAUAUCCAGACUGGCAGAAAUCAAAAAACGCAAUGAACAGAAAUUGAGAGAGAAUUUGGUAAAAAAGAAUGAUCAACUGAACCUUGCAAAAUCUAAGUUAGACAAGAUGAAGAGAGGAAUUGCUAACACAGUUGAAUUCAUGGAGGAGAACAACAGCACCAUGUCAGAUUACAGCUUGAUUGACAGCCAUAGAAAACUGAUAAAAAUGCUGUCUGAAUUGGAGGUUCAUAUGACAAACUGUGAAUAUUCAAUGAGGUUCACUAGAGGUGAAAUCAAAGAUGACUUAAUUGAAUCUUUGAUUGGAAGAUUUUUGGAUUUAAAUGUUAUUAAUUCUGUAGAAAAAGUCAAUACACAAGGUGCAAAAGAACAUAAAUUUAGAAUCACUGGUACAUGUGACAAAAUGUGUGUGAUUGAUAACAAUGUUUAUUUUAUUGAUGCUAUUAACACUUCCAUCAGCUGUCUGUCACCAUCAGGAUCUGUCUCUACAGUCAUCAGUACAGAUCCACUGGUACCAAGAGGAAUCUGUCAGUCAGUGAGUGGUGGACUACUGGUCACCUUGACAGAAGCAACAUUAGAUCUCAACACAUUAGAGUCACACUGCAGAUGUCUGCUGAGACACAUCACAAUGACAGGUGACGUCAUCCAUGAGUAUGAGUACCAGGAGGACGGUGAGACCAAACUGUUAACAUUGCCAUACAGAAUCACUCAGAACGGUAACUGUGAUAUCUGUGUUGCAAACUGUAUAAAUGAAUUUACAUGUGUUCUACUGAUUAUGUCUCCCUCUGGUCGCAUGAAGUCUGUGUACCAUGGACAGAACCUGACAGAGAACUUUGAUCCAUCUGAUGUGGUGUGUGACUCCCUCUGUAACAUCCUUGUUACUGACCCACGUAACAAACAGAUCCAUCUGCUGAGUCCUGAUGGGGAGUUCUUAAAGUUCUUACUGACAGACAAUGAAGUGAAUCAUCCAGUCAAAUUAUCACUGUACAAGUCUACAUUGUGGGUGGGAUAUGAUGAAGGACUUGUCAAAGUAUUUCAAUACAGUGUUUAA